CACACCCAAUAUCGCAGGCAGCCAUCGUGAAAAGUACACCGAAAAGCGUAGACGACGUCGGUUAUCGCGUGCUUAUAUGCUCGUGAUAUUCCGUUGACGGAUUCAUCGCCCUGUCGGCCUUGAUCAACCAAGUACGUACGUUUUCAACGCAUUUAACGUUUUAUCGCAAAGCGUUACGCAGAUACAAUGUCCGCCGCUACGAAGACCGCAGUCGGCCCUUUCACGGUACGCCCUUUAUUGUGGGAAGAGCUCUCGCUGUUGGAUCCUGUUCGCAAAGACUUUGGAUUCGUAACUGGCCUUCACCAGCUGGAGACGCUGUGGAAAACAGAUCCCGGUGGCAUCUUCGGCGCCAUUACCGAGACGGGGGAAUUGUUCGGGGCCUGCGUCGCUCCAGUCGUCGGCACUGAUACCCACUACUUGAGCAUGAUUGCGGUAUUGCCCCAGUACAGAAAGUGCGGCAUAGGCAAGAAGCUCAUGGAGUCUACCAUGGUGUACGCUGAGAAACGCAACGUGUACCUUUUCUGUCCACCAAAUCAAGUACCCUUUUACAGGGACAAGUGGAAGUUUCAGCUUUACUAUCGUUCAUUGCACGUUCUCACUCCGGGUGUCCCGGAUGUAACACAACUGAAGCUGGUCCACUCCGGAGUCACCAUCAACUCGUUCAGCGCAGAUUUGUUGCCACUCAUUAUCAAGUACGACGAAAGUGUGUUCGGAGUUUCGAGAAAGAAGUUGGUGGAGCUGGAGCUCAGCGAACCGGAAGGAACAAUCGCCGUUGCCACGCAUAACCCGCUCAAAGUCUGUGGCUAUGGCUUCAUCACCGGCGAUAUCUACGGCCGUUGUAUUGUGCGUUCCGUCUUCGCCGACAGUCAGGACAUUGCCGAGCUGAUAUUGGGCUGGCUACUGAGGGAAUGCUCGCAAGUACAAACAACGGGUGUGUCUAUCAUUUUGAGACCCAGCACUGAGGAGGACACCUAUUUUCAGAAGAAACUGAAGAUGACCAAAGCUGCCGACUUGAAGUGCCUAUUCCGAUGGCCUUUGCCUCAGGGGGACUUCACCAAGAUUUUUGUCUUAUCGUAGGAACUACGUGCGUGUGGGCUGUGCUUGGUGAUGUGUUACUUUCUAAACGGUACGACAAUUAGAAUACUGUAUUUGACUGACAUUGCAUUGUCAGUCCGACUUUGAGGGCACUCGGUUCAUUGUGAAAAAGUUUGAAUACAUUUAUCUGGUGUAA